AUCUUCUCAGAACACCACAACGGCAAACCAAAACAACUCAUAUUGUUAUAGCUAAUCAUGGAGGAGUAUAGCUACGCAUCUUCUGCUCGCAAAGUAGCUGUUUGGAUAGCUAUGAUUGCGCUCUUGGGCUAUGCCUGCUCCGACGCCGACGCUCAAGCACAAUGCGGCAGUUCAGCGCUCAUGGACACCGUGCCUUGUCAUAAUAACUAUGGUUACUGCGUGACCUACGUUAUCACUGCACUGCGGGAUGUAACGCCCAACAAAGACGACUUCACUUACUCCACCAUAUACCCGCCUGGCACCUACGGUGGCGUUGAAGGUUACGCCAGUUGUUCCUCCACAACCGACAUCGAACACUGCCAACCGUGUCUCGCUGGUGCCAAGACCGCGCUGGACGACUGCAAAUCUUACGCCUCCGGCUCAUUCACCGGCGAUGUGUGUACAAUGUCCUUUGCCCAGUUUCUCCCUCAGGAAUGACAGUAUACUGCAUGCUAUGGAUUCCUACUGCAACAGUCUUAAUGAUACAAGCUAUAAGGAACUGAUCAAUAAAAAAGCUAGGUUAAUGGUAUGGUUGGUCACUCGAAAUAUUUAAAUUCAUUGGUGGUACUCCAGUUAACUGAAACCGUUCACGUUUUUGUCACUCUCCGUCCAACUCCGUUAACUUUGGCUGAUGUGGCAGUCAACUCUCAAAGUUGACCGUUAACUUAAUAACAUGACAAUUAAAAAAUAAUAAAUAAAAUAAAACUUAAUCUAUUUUAAUGUCCAACUCAUUUUUACCAUAAAAUAACUUUUAUCUAAGAUUUAUUCUCUACAUCUCGGCGAUACGGAAACAAAGUGGACGAAGAAGGGUCCCGUGGCCCAGCUCUGUCAGCGGCAUCUUGCUUUUCUUAUCCAGAUUAUCAUCCAAUAAAAAAAUGAAGAAGCUAUGAAAUAAAGGACACCCAUUAAGAUCUAUCCCGACCCUAUGGAAGAAGACUCUUGGGUGGUGGAUGAAGGCUCUCGACAGUGACGGGAGCAGACGGAGAGAGCUGGAGCGGGGACUGGGGAGGAUGAUGGAGAGAACUGUCUUCGAUGGAGAGAGUGAAGGGUCACGACGGCCGACGGGAGACGAGGAAGAGUAAUGUCGUUAAUGAAAAGAAUAAAAAUGUCGACGGCGACAGGGGACGACGGAGAGAACGAUAGUCGACCGAGAGAGCGGCCGGAAUUGAGACGUCGGAAGCUUUAAGGAGAGAGGGAGAAACCUAAAUUUUGAAUCGGAGAGAGAGUGAGGCUUAAUAUUAAUUGAUUGAUUAUGUAGGUUAAAUUUUGAAAUAAUUAAAAUACGCCAAUUAUAUUAUUUUUUAUUUUUUUAUUUAUUUUAUGAUAAAAAUGAGUUAGACAUUAAAAUAAAUUAAAUUUUAUUUAUUUAUUAUAUAUUAAUUAAUCUCUCCGUUAUUUUUGUUUCGUGAUUGUGGAUGAUGGUGAGAUUUUGGGUAUUGGGUGGUAUGUAAUUUAUAGGGGAGAAGCAAUUUGAAGAAUGAUGGAAUCCACUGUCCAGUCCGGCCCAACAAUGUUUAAAAAAUAGAAAAUGAAGCCAAGCAUGCAGAGUCCAAGAUGCCAAGUAUAGCGAGAAACGACAAUGGGUCGGGUUGGGUGGAGUUUCAUUAAACACAAAUAAGCACAGCAGGUGCACUCAAAAAAUAAAUAUCCAAUUCAAUGGGUAUUCACGGAUGUAUGGUUAUCAAUCAUAGGGUCACGUGACUGCUGUGAAGUCCGCAUCCUCAACACCCUAGACCACAGUCGAGGGGAUCCCCUGAGAAUACUUUAGAGGUAGUCCACUCAACCUUACCCAAAUUGGCAACAAUUUGAGACUCAUCUGAACCGGUCGAAUCCCAUCGGCGCAAAAAAAGGAUUGUUUGCAUAGUGCCAAGGACCAUUCUCGAACACCUAGUCAUGUGUAUUCAGAUCUGAGAAUUAGAAGAUAAACAUAUGCUCUCCAAAAAGGAUGCGCCCAAUGGAGGAGCUGGUCCAGACCUGGUGCAUGAGAAGGAAAUUGACCGUCCGCCAUCAAGCUGCUCCUUCAUCGCGCACAGCUCUUGGAAUCACCAGCGAACCAUCCACGAUGGUCGGAGCAACAAAAUGCAGUUGGUUUCUCUCCCCUACCCCAAACAAUUGCGCCCAAUCAGCAGGGGCACCCUGCGCGGCGACCAUUGCCCAAAACCUAGCCCGAGCUUCGGAGAGAAAACAAAACAACUUUUUUUAG